AUGAGCGGUAACGAAGUCAUCGUUUCUCAUUUUCUCAAAAGGGGUGCAGACCCGACUCGCGCUACUAGCACGCUUAUCAAUUUUAAACGCGCCACCUGGCCUAUAUUCCAUCCUCAUUCCAAAUACAGUGACAAUCAUUAUGAGUCUGACGACUGCUCCAAUGACGAAUUUAACAACGAAGCUGGCGACGAAUAUUCAAACAUCGACCGGGACAAUGAUGAUUGUGGCACUGAAUACGGCGAUGAUGACCAAAUAGCAGGAUAUAUUCCUAGCAUGAAUGGAAAGACCACAGCCCUGCAUAUUGCUGCUCUUAUAGGCAAUGCCAGCACAAUUAAGAAGCUUUUACGUAAAGCUCGAGAUGAUUUCGGAAGUCAAGUCUUCCAAACGGAGAGUAGUCCUCUGAUCAUAGCAGCCUGGCUCGGAAAUACGGGGGUGGUUAAGGCACUCCUGCCCUACGAAAGUCAAUUUUCCUUCAAAGGAUUCCUUCAUACGCCCCUACAGGCUGCGUCGGCGCGAGGGCAUCUUGAUAUCGUGAAAUUUCUCCUCCGGGAGCGAGACGUCAAUAUAGCUUCUGGUGGCUACCCUACCCCUCUCUGUGCUGCCUCUCGUCACGGGAAAAUUACCGUAGCUGCACUACUUAUUAAACAUGGAGCUGAGGUUAACCCGCAAUCAGCUCGUGUGUUGGACACUCCACUUUCGAACGCUAUGAUAAAUUCUCAAUUUGAAGCAAUUCGGUUCCUGCUUAGAAAAGGAGCCAUGUUUAACCCAGCUCUCCUGCUUGAAAAAUAUUGUAGGAUUAACGAAGAAGCGCUCGUCAUCGUCCUGCAACAUGCCAUGGAAAAGCAACAGGCGGAGUGGCGCUACAAUGCCCUUUGCAUCCAGUGUCGCUUUGGCGACUAUGACUAUGAGGUAACGGGCCUCUUGUGA